AUGGAGGCGAAGCGCAGUGAGUGCGAUGCGGGGAAACGGGAAGGAGGAAAGAAGCACAAGUACGGCAAGGAGGAAAUGAACGGAGGGGUCCACGCAGAGGGUCACCUAUCGGGGGACGUCCAAUACGACCUGGAGAUAGAGACCCGCCUGGAGGAUGAAGACUCUGCGAACCACAUCGGAAGUGGAGCAAGCGGAGCAGGAGGCACAGCCCGCCGCAAACACAACCACAUAAACGUAGGCAACCUGAAGGACGAAGUAGUCCAAAACGAUUUCAAUAAUGAUGACCUGGAUGAUAAAGCCCUAGGGUUAGUAAAUGACAAAUCCAUUAGAAGAAGGGAGAAUGAGUUUCAGAGGAGAAAGUAUGACUAUAUGAUAUCUCCGGGGAGGGCUGAUCCUUUUGGAGAUAAGAGUCCAUCCCCAGGGGAGAGAACCUAUGCAGAUGUGAUGAUGGAUGUAAACAAGGAGAGUAACAAAAUGAAGCUUUCCAGCGGUGGUGGGAAGGCUGGUGCUUCGGGGGGUACGUCUAGCCAAGCAGGAGGGAAUAGAAGGAUGAGGUGGGGUGUUACAGAAAGUAGUGAUGCUGUAGGGAGAGAACCUGGGGAGUCAGUCACGUCAAGUAAAUCAAAUGAAGGAAUAAAAAAGGAACAAGGAAAAAGUAAGUGGGAUAUUCUAUCCGGAGAGGAGAGUAAAUCCACCAGCUUUGGAAAUAUGGCUACUCCCGCUCCGUCCAAGUGGGUGGAUACGCCCUUCAUACUGAACGACGGGGGGGAAGUAAAGAAGAAAAAGAUUUCCCGAUGGGACAAAGUCGGGGAAGGGACUGCUGCGGGAGCGGCGGAUAGCCUCGCGCAGAGUGACAUGAUGAAAACGCCCAAAGUGGUACCACUUGGUGGAUUGGCAGCCGGUGGAGUGCUAUCCGGUGGAGUGGCAGCCGGUGGGGCCACCCCCGGAGGUAUGCUCAAAACGCCCUACCUCGUGCCGGGGAGCGGGAACUUCGUGAAUACGCCGUACGUGCUGAACCAAUUGGGUAACGCCUCAGCAAUGUUCACCCCGAUGACCCCGGGAGUGGCCUCCCAGGCCAUCGACUCGAUAAUAAAAAUGAAAAUAAAGAACGAAAUGGAGAUCCGAAACAGGCCACUAACAGAUGAGGACCUGGACGAACUGCUGCCCUCUGAAGGGUAUGAAAUUGUAAAGCCCCCUGAGGAGUACGAAGCGAUAAGAAGGAACAAAUUAAAGGCUUUUUUUAAGACUGUAGCGAGCACUGCAGGGACUCCCCUUCUGAUGGGGAGUAGUGGAGUCAUUGGAGGGGUUCCCGCUUCUUUGCAAGGGGAGAAAACAGGGGAGCACUCCACAGGAGUGAUGCAGACCCCGUAUUUAAAUAACAACAUGAUGAGUAGCACACUGGUUGGUGGAACGUUGCCUAGUGGUACCCCCUUUUACGAAAUUCCAACCGCUACGACUAGUCAGAUGAAGGACACAGAGGGAGGAGGAGGAGACACACAGACGACACUCCUACAAAGUAGACAGUUCGAAAUUAACAACCCACAAUUGUUAAGUGAGUUAAAAUAUGUACAGCUAAAAAAUGAAGACUUCAUCUAUUUCAGUAAGCUGUUUCAAACAGUGGAUGAAAGUGAUCUAUCACAGGAAGAGCUGAAGGAGAGGAAGCUAAUGAUACUUUUACUUAAGAUAAAAAAUGGAACGCCAUCUGUUAGACGUGCAGCUUUGAGAGCUAUCACAGAUAAGGUAAAGGAAUUGGGUCCCGAAAUUUUAUUUAACUUAAUAUUACCUCUAAUGAUGCAUAACACAUUGGAGGAUCAGGAGAGACAUCUCCUCGUGAAAGUAAUCGAUCGAAUUCUGUUCAAGUUGGAUGACUUGGUCAGACCUUAUGUACACAAAAUUUUGGUGGUCAUUGAACCGUUACUAAUUGAUGAGGAUUACUACGCUAGAGUGGAAGGGAGAGAAAUUAUCAGUAAUCUAGCCAAAGCUGCAGGACUAGCUACCAUGAUUGGAAUUAUGAGACCAGACAUAGAUCACCCGGAUGAAUACGUCAGGAACACUACUGCUAGAGCGUUUGCAGUUGUUGCGUCUGCACUUGGUAUACCAUCGUUAAUUCUGUUUCUCAAGGCAGUGUGUCAAUCGAAGAAGAAUUGGGAAGCUAGACAUACAGGGAUUAAAAUUGUACAACAGAUUGCCAUUCUGAUGGGUUGCGCUGUUUUGCCUCACUUAAGACAACUCGUUUCGAUCGUUGCUCAUGGGUUGCAUGACGAGCAACAGAAGGUGAAGACCAUCACGGCACUUGCCAUAGCUGCGUUAGCAGAAGCAGCAGCACCGUAUGGGAUCGAAGCGUUUGAUUCUGUUUUGAGACCUCUAUGGAAAGGAAUCACAGAACACAGAGGGAAAGUGUUAGCUGCAUUUUUAAAGGCCAUCGGGUUGAUCAUCCCACUGAUGGACCCAUACCACGCAAGUUACUACACGAGAGAAGUGAUGGUGAUUCUCAUUAAUGAGUUUAACUCUCCUGAUGAAGAAAUGAAAAAAGUUGUUCUAAAAUGUGUGAAGCAGUGUAUACAAACAGAGGGCAUCGAAAAGGAUUACAUCAAUCAAGAAGUCGUGAACCCAUUUUUUGACAAAUUUUGGGUUCUAAGAACUAGCCAUGAUAAGAGAAAUCUACAUCUAAUAGUAGAAACGACAGUAGAAAUUUCAAACAAAAUAGGAGGAGCAGCUGUCAUUGGGAGGAUUGUAGACGAUUUGAAGGACCCAUCUGAGCAGUUCAGAAAAAUGGUCAUGCAGACUAUCCAAAGUAUUGUUAAUAAUCAAGGGGUAGAUGACAUAGAUCAGACAUUAGAGGAGCAGCUAAUCGAUGGAAUCCUUUACGCAUUUCAAGAACAAGCCUCAGAGGACUAUUACGUGUUGCUAAACUCAUUCGAUGCGAUAGUAAAUAAAUUGCAAAUCAGAAUGAAGCCCUACUUACCCCAAAUAGCAGGAAUUAUUCGAUGGAGACUGAAUACACCUCUGCCAAAAAUUAGACAACAAAGUGCAGAGCUGAUUGGUAGGAUAGCUAGCUUGAUGCAUCUAUGUGAGGAACACCAAAUGUUGGGUCAUCUAGCGUUAUACCUGUAUGAAUACCUGGGGGAGGAAUACCCAGAAGUGUUAGGUAACAUCAUAGGUGCGUUAAAAUCCAUCGUAGUUGUUUUAGGGGUGCAUAAUAUGACUCCACCGAUAAAGGAUCUGCUACCGAGAAUAACCCCCAUUUUGAAAAAUCGACAUGAGAAAGUACAAGAAAAUGUGAUCGAUCUGAUUGGAAUUAUUGCAGACAAAGGAGGAGACUUAGUUUCUCCAAAGGAGUGGGAUCGUAUAUGCUUCGAUCUAAUUGAGUUGUUAAAAUCGAACAAAAAAUUAAUUAGGAGAGCAACGAUCCAAACGUUUGGUUAUAUAGCCAGGACUAUCGGACCAUUUGAGGUUCUAACCGUUUUACUCAAUAAUUUACGAGUCCAGGAGAGGCAACUGAGAGUAUGCACCACCGUUGCCAUCGCGAUAGUAGCAGAUACGUGUCUCCCCUACUCCGUCCUUGCUGCACUGAUGAAUGAGUAUCGAACCCAGGAUCUUAAUGUGCAGAAUGGAGUCUUGAAAGCCUUAUCCUUCAUGUUUGAAUACAUAGGCGAAAUUGCAAAAGACUAUGUAUACGCAGUGGUUCCUCUGCUUGAGCACGCUCUCAUGGAUCGAGAUUUAGUGCAUAGGCAAAUAGCCACUUGGGCUUGCAAGCACUUAGCGCUGGGGUGCUUUGGGCUGAACAGAGAAGACGCGCUGAUCCACUUGCUCAACUAUGUGUGGCCGAAUAUAUUUGAGACGUCUCCUCAUCUGAUCCAAGCUGUGAUUGAUUCCAUCGAUGGGUUCAGGGUGGCCCUAGGUCCCGCCAUAAUUUUCCAGUAUCUAGUGCAGGGCAUUUUUCACCCCUCCAGGAAGGUGCGCGAAAUUUAUUGGAAAAUCUACAACAACGUUUAUAUCGGCCACCAGGACAGCCUCGUCCCGGUGUACCCCCCCUUUGAGCGCCUCGCGGACAGCAACUUCGCGCGCGACGAGCUGCGCUACACGUUGAAGCUUCCGCGGUACUGGUUGUUCCUAUUCUUGACGAGCGGCGACAGGCACUUCUUGGGCGGGUCGUAUCCUUCGAUUUUGAGCGGCGGGAUCUUCACCUGCGGCGUGGCGGUGACAAAGCGGUAA